AUGGCUUCCUCCGCCGCCCAAGCCGCCCAAGCCGACAUCUGCUGGGGCACCAGCAAGAAAACAAACCGCCGCUGCGCCAACAAGGCCAAGCUCGCCCCGCCCGGCCAUCUGCCCACCUGCCACCAGCAUCGUGACCAGCUGCUGCGCCCGGGCUGCUGCCAGUACCUCGUCAAUGCGAAGACGGCCGCCCGCUGCAAGCGCCGCUUCGUCUACGACCCGCCGCCGCCGUACUUGGAGCUGUGUCCGGAACACGCCGACACGCCUCAGGGUCCAUGUCACUUCCUCCGCCUCCCCGUCGAGCUGCGCAUCGAGGUAUACAAGUACUUCCUGCAACCGGGAGCCGUGUGCGGCGACGAACACCAGGCCCAAACAUUCCGGCCCUUCCUUCCCCUGCUCCUGGUCAACAAACAGGUUGGUUCCGAAGCCCAGGAUCACCUGUACGCCUGCACCACCUUUCAUGUGGAGAUCGGCCAGCAGGGAGCCACCAUCAACGGCCGCUACCUCUAUCGCCCGUGCGGUGCUGAAUACCGCUACGAUGACGAAGGGGGCGCCGUUGUCAACAAAUACCGAGACAUCCGCCAGCAGCUCAACUUCUCGCGGGUCAAGAAUUUCAAUCUCGAAGUGUCCGUUGUCAACUGCAGCGAGCUGGUCGGCUGGUCCGAAGAAGUCGAGAUGUAUGACCUGCGCGACAGCAUCUCCGCCAUCCUGCCUUACCUUGCCCGCGCACGAAGCUUGAACAAACUCAACGUCCGCGUCGUCUGCACGCGCUUCGACCGCUGGACCCCGGCCAAAGCACUUGCCAACUUCAAGCUCAUCACCCAGCCCCUCAUGUCCCUCCGCAACGUCAUGCACCCGCUUCUCGAGCCUCCUUACAAGGGCCUUCUUUGGUUCCCCUCCAACCAUAGGAAUUCCUCAAAAAGACACUUGCCCACCUCAACCUUUGCCGACAUCACCACACCAGAUUCAAUCGCAGACGCACCCCUUCCGCCUUCAUGGAGCUACCGCAUCGCGGGACGCUUCAUCCCCCCCACCUCACAGCAAGCCAACACCUACGCCGAAUUCCUCUCCUACAAACGCGUCUUCGAGUCCAUCACCGCCAGCGCCGAGCCCGUCCCGCCCAAACCGCCCAUCGCGCGCAUGUUCUCGGCCUUCAAGCGCGUCUACCUCGAAUGCGCCUCGCUCAUCCUCUCCCCCAAUCCCGCCAACUCCGCCCACUCCACCAACUCCACCACCAACUCCACCACCACCACCACCGAACCCCUACCCUUCGGCGCCUCAAACUACCUGCACCGCGCGCGCGUCGCGCGCGAAAACGCCGACCUCGACGCCUUCGUCGCCGCGCGCAACGGCUUCGUGCGGCGCUGGAACACGCACCUGGAGCAGCGGUACCGCGAGCUCGCGCGCGUCAACGGGCUCGUCGUCGACAUGUACAACGUCGACGCCGUGGGCUGCUGCGGGAUGGGGCCGUGGGACGCGCAGUUUACGUCGUCGUCGUCGUCCGGUCUGGAAGGAGCAGGUGCAGCAGGGGGAGAUGCGGCAGGGUCGGUGGCUGGGCUGGCUGCGAUCCAACACCAACACCAACACCAACACCAACAGCAGCAUCAGCAGCAGCAGCAACGCCAGCUGGCGAGUCCGCCGGCGGAGUGCGGUCCGGUGGGGUUGACCGCCAAUACGGUGCUGCAGAUGAGCGGGGGUAGUGGUAGUAGCAGUGGUGGUGACGGACGAAUGGUUGGUGGAGCGCGCGGGAGUGGGUCGUGGGUGGCGGGGUGGGAUUGGAAUUACUCCGCUGCUGGUACUGCUGCUGGUGGUGGCGGCGGCGGCGGGCGUGUUUCCGCGUGUGAGGGCGUCGCGCCGGAUUGCGAUGGUGAUGUGGCCAUGGUGCUGAAAGAGGAAGAAGGUGCAGGGUACGGCGAAGGCUCCAUGCAGUUCGCAUCCGGAUUUCGUUGA